AUGGCGGUGCCUCACUUCUGUCUCAUUUUGUUUGCCUUCUCCAUUCUGGCUGAAGACAGUGGAGGAGCAGGGCGAGGCAUUACAUGGAAUUUAUUGAAUCUUACUACCCUUCAAAUAAAUUGGGAUGAAAAAUAUUUGUCUGAACUCGGAGUGAUUCAAAUUGAAGCAAGUGCGACACCAAUUUAUAUACAUGGCCCUGUUGCUAAGACUAAAGCAGAUGUCGAUACUGGAAACAUCACUUUAUGUGGAUUGCUGCCCAGCACCUAUUACGAGUUGGUCGUAAAAGCACCUCGAAAGAGCGGCUUUCCUAUAUUUAGCGCAACUUACUUUACAACAGUGCCUGAUGAAGGUGGCAAAAGUACCUCUUCAACAAUGCCAAAUAAAGGGGAAGAAGGUGCUACCACGUCUGGCGCAUUUGCCUUAACUUUCACAAUCUCUGCAAUCCUACUUGCUUGCAUGGGUGUGGUGCCUGCUUGA